AUGCGGCGCCACUACAGGCCGGUGGCAAACUGGGCGCAGGUGCUGGAGCAAUUGCGCGCGAAACUGCCUGGGGGCUUGCACGUGCGGAAGGAUGUGUUGACACCCCCAGUCAGGAGCAAGCAUUCGGCUCCCGCACCAGCUCGCAAGGCUGAUUCAAGGCCGCCUGGUCCAUGGGAGCAGGCACCGGGGACUGGGAAUGCUGGAAGUGGCCCAGCGCCUGCACUGCAGUGGUCCAGCGAUGGAAGACCCAAAUUGGUGCUUAAGCCUCGCGAUCCCCAGCUUGGCAAGGCUGGCGCGCGGCCAGAGCCAAAGCCAGCAGCACCAGCACCGGCAGCACCAGCAGCACCGGCACCGGCAGGUCCACCACCAGUGGCCAAAGCUGCCGAGCCCGUGAGCCGGCCUAGCCCUGCGGCACCAAAGCCCAGUCCGGUGAGCCAAGCAGCGCGAGCAGCACCGGCACCGGCACCGGCACAGGCGGCACAGGCGGCACAGGCGGCACAGGCGGCACAGGCGGCACAGGCGGCACAGGCGGCACAGGCGGUGACGGCGCCAGCCCGGAGAGUUCAGUCUCCCCCGCCAGCGGCUGCUGUGCAAAGCUCACCGUGUGCACAGUGCACAGUGGGGUGGCCCAUGGGCAUGCAAUCCCAGCCAGUGAUAACUGGCACAUCACCCAUGGCCGCGAUGCAGACAACCAGCAUGCAGGGCAUGCAGGUUUCCAUGGGCUCUCAGCAGCGAGCCCGCUCACCAUCGGGGCCCGUGGUCAUCACUUCCGUCCCGGCGGUGAGUGGAGUUUCGUCUCCCUCUGGCCGCCCAAAGCUUCAGUUGAAGCCGAGGGAUCCCAGGUUGGGGCCGCCCGGGCAGCAAUCGCAACAAGCGCCCAGCGUGUCAAGCCAGCAGAGCUCGGCGCCAGAAAGCGCACCGGAGCCUGAGCCGGCGGGCCCUGCUCUCCAGCCAGAUCCUGCAGGUGGCAGACCCAGGCUGGUUCUCAAGAAGCGAACGCAGCCUCCGCCACAAUCAGCCCAAGCUGCGCAAGCCGCGCAAGCAGCCCAAGCUGCGCAAGCCGCGCAAGCAGCCCAAGCUGCACAAGCAGCCCAAGCCGCGCAAGCAGCCCAAGCCGCGCAAGCAGCCCAAGCUGCGCAAGCACAAGCAGCUAAAGCUGCCCAAGCAGCACAAGCAGCCCACGCGCAAGCGGCCCAAGCGCAAGCCGCCGCUGCGGCUCAAGCAGCCCAGGCAGCACAAGCAGCCCAGGCCGCUAGAAACGCACAAGCGGCGCAAGCAGCCCAGGCCGCAAAAGCAGCGGCGGCCGUGCGAGUGUCAUCCCCACCACCUCGACAAUCAGCAAUGCCCCCUUCACCCACACACCAUCCGCAAGUAGCACCAUCUAUGCGACCAAAUCAGUCCAUGACGUCCGCAGCUGCAGCUCAGCCUCAAGCUCCACAGAACGGGUCUUGCUCAAAGCCAACGCCCGCGCUGCAAAAGGAUCCGGCCGGUGGACGGCCAAAGCUCGUGUUGAAGCCCAGAACCGCCCCCAUGCCAGCUGAGCGCCUGAGCGCCUGA